CGGGAUGGAAACUUUGUAUAUUUUGUGCCUAAUUCUUGCAUGUUUAUUGACCCGUUUUUGUAUCCGGCACGGUGACACGAUUCAAGCCGUGAGACACACGUUUCGUCGCGACCUGUUGAAGCUUUCCUAGGAGCGAGAAACUGUUUCCUGCCAUUAUCAUUCGUAGGACGCGUGGCUAGAUGGCGCAUGUUUCUUGCACCCUGCUUUUCAUUUGGCAUGAUUUCUAAAUUCAUACAACUCACGGUGUGGACAUUUCUGGGUGUGAGGAGAAUUAUGACGGUCUUUAAAUAUUUUGACGAGACCGUGGCGAAGCGAGGAACGAAGGCGUGUUUCCUGUUUGAAGAUGAAAUUUGGACGUUUGCUAAGGUGCAAAAUGAGACGUUCCGAGUUGCGAAAUAUUUUCGAGAUGCGGGUUAUCAGAAGGGAGACGUUGUGGGGCUCUUGAUGGAAAAUAGGCCGGAAUUCAUCUGUACCUGGUUAGGACUUUCCAGGAUUGGCGUUAUAACGAGCCUUAUCAACACGCAGUUGCGGCGGAGUUCCUUAACCCACUAUCUGAAAGUUUCGAAUUGUAGGGGUCUCAUCUUUGGGGAAGAAUUGACUUGUGCAAUUCAAGAAUGCUUGGAUUCAAAUGAUCCCGCCGAAAAUAUUCCGGCUGGAGUGACAGCAUUGCACUCCGUCUCGGACAGGAUGGCCACAAAGGAUAUUUUAACUCAUGGUCAUGUCAAUUUAACUCGAGAGAUGGGACUCUUCAGUGAGGAUGGCUUGUGUUGUGAAGAGUUUCCCGAUGUUGUGGGAAGUGAGGAUGUUGUAUUGCACGUUUUUACCUCGGGAACGACGGGGCGUGCAAAAGCGGCAAAGAUGAAACAUAGUCGUUUGGCAACAUUUGCGACUCCAAUUUUCGGCCUGGAAUUGAACCCAGACAGGGACGUGCUUCUCACGCCUAUCCCACUGUACCACGUGCAAGGAGGUCUGCUCGUCGUGGGGUUGCCCCUGUACCAUGGCGUUCCGCAAGUCAUUAUUCGCAAGUUUUCGGCCUCCAACUUUUGGAAACAAUGUGUCAAACACGACGUGACAUGCUGCCAAUAUCUGGGCGAAAUUUUGCGAUAUUUGCUGAAUCAGCCUCCAACGAGGGAAGAAAAGUUGCAUAAAGUGCACACAUUUUAUGGGAACGGGGCGAAUCCCGUGGUCUGGAAGAGAUUCGUGGAGAGAUUUGACACCAUAAAGAUUAAAGAAUUGUAUGGAUCAACGGAAGGAAAUUGUGGAUCGAGUCGAAUUUUUGGAACUUAAUGUUACUUCAAAAUAAUUAUGAUUUUAUUAUCAUUACCGCCUUAUAUUUGCAUAUAAGAGUUGGUUCGUAAUUUGGGAUAAAUUUUAGAAAACGAGUAGAGUUUGGAAAAUUUUAAAUUACUUUUUGACUGGAUUUUGUUUGUUUUUAGUAUUUUGCAAAGGAUUAUAUUUACUUAGCUCAAUUUUAUGUUGGAUUGCGACUUGGACAUUGGGGGUAUUCACUCACGUCAACUUCAUAAAAUCCGCCUUCUCAACCCAACUUGCCAAUUUUUUUCGAAGGGUUACAAUUCGUAACCCUUAGUGCAUUUUGCAAUGCGGCAUAAUAGCCCAUGACAAUUGUUUGUACAAAAUUUGCGUCGAUAAGGCAUCGAUUAUGGUGAUAAACUAUGUAUUUUUCGUAAAACUUGUCGUCAAGAGAAGUUUUACUUCUUCGCUCGUUUUUAUUUGAUGUAUUUUCAUGAAGAGUAACUCGCUUAGAUACGAAACCGAUUUCGCAAAUACUAUAAAUAUGAGAUCUGUUGUAAAGUGAAUAUCUGUAUACUUUCGAUGUAAAACCACAGCAUUUUAGCAUUUUAGAAUUUUAGUGGCGUUUUUGAGACGUGAACCUCAACUCUGCUUUACUUACUUAUUGUUUUAAUUCAGCGUGGCACAUACUACGGCACAUUAUAAGAACAAGAUUGCAAAAUGUAUAAUUUUGUACCGCAGUGAAUGCAGAAGCCCACGUUGGCGCGGCGGGCUACUUGCCAAUCCUACUUUACCCCUUUCUUCCCUUCUUCUUGCUCGAGUAUCGAGCGAAGGCGAAUUAGUCCUACAACAGGGCUGGUGCAACAUGCCCCGAAAGGAGAGGCGGGAGAGUUGUUGGGGAAAAUUGUGAAAUCCAAUCCAUUCCGGGACUACAGCGGCUACACGGAUGAGACUCAAAGCAAAGGGAGUAUUGUGAAGGGUGUGAAGCAGCUGGGGGACAAAUGGUUCCGAACGGGCGACACCUUUACGAUGGAUAAAUUUGGAUAUGUCUAUUUCAAGGAUAGGACAGGGGAUUCGUUCAGAUGGAAGGGGGAAAACGUAUCGACGUUAGAAGUGGAGCAAGGGGUUGGAAAAGCGAUCGGAGUAAAUAAUGGAGUCGCCACGUUUGGCGUAAGUAUUCCUGGAAUGGAUGGGAAGUGUGGAAUGGUUGCAAUCAGUGAUAUCAAUGGUGGACUAAACAUUUCAAAUCUGCACGAAGAAUUGUCUCGCUAUCUACCGCCAUAUUCACGACCAGUGUUCGUCCGCGUGAUGAGAAACGAGUUGGAAACGACGGGAAGCUUCAAACUGCAAAAAAUGGAGCUACGGAAGGCAGGCUUCAGUUCAGCUUUGGAAGGUGGAAAAUAUAUUCCAAUGCGGAGUGAAAUUUACGAUGACAUUUUACACGGGAAAUUUAGAGUUUGACGGUAAUGCAAUUAUAGUUAGUAAUUAAUUACUUAUGUGCUUCAGAUCAAUUUCGGAGAAAUUAAUUAACUACGAAAUGUACUUAAACGGUCUUACUUUAAUAUUUGAAUCCAUAUUUUGUAUUUUUGAGACCAUCACUAAGAUCAGUUCUGUUGUUAAUAAAAUAGAUUCCCGGUAUGAAUAA